AUGUUUCCUUUAAUAAUACUGUAAUACAAAAGAUUUUUCCCUUUUACAAUAAAUAAUCUUAUGCUAAAGGUGUGUAAAUUAAUUUUAUUCUAUUUUAUUUCAUUUUAUAAAAACAAUAAGAUAUCAAGAGAGUAAUUAAGUAAAUUUAGCUAAAUUCUUUUAUUUUUGUAGAGAUUUAAACAUUAAAUUACUGAGUAAACAAGAAUUUUCCAAGUUCUAUUUAAAAAAAUUUGCAAUGAAUGGAUAAAACAUUAAACUAUUAAGUCAGACUAAUUAUUUAGUUUAUUAUGA